AUGGCCCAUGGAGUCCAGCAGCGGCUGGCCCGGAUGUUAGAGUGUAUGAGCAAGGAGCAGCUGAGGGAGUUCCUGCUACGGCUGCCUGAUAAGGAUCUCUGCCUGCACUCUCCUGGGGCAACCCCAGCCCAACCAGAGGAGGUAGAUGGCAUGGAAGUGGCCUCAUGCCUUAUGGCUCAAUACGGGGAGCAGCAGGCCUGGGACCUUGCCCUGCAGACCUGGGAGCAGAUGGGCCUGAGCGAGCUGUGUGCCCGAGCCUGGAAAGAGCCAGCUAUGAAGUCAGGAAUCAAAGAAAAACACCAGAACCAAAGGAGAGAGAGUUCCUGCCCUACUCAGUCAUGGAGAAAUGAGUAUUUGCACCAAAAAUUCCCACAGCUGCUACUUCUGCACAGAUCUCAACCCAGAGGCUAUGACUUCCGGCUCAGGAGAAGAAGGAAUCACGAGGUGGUAGAUGAACAAGGACAUUUGAUGGAGAUUGGAGACUUAUUUGGCCCAGGACUGACCCAGGAAGAGCCUCCCACUGUCGUGGUGCAUGGGGUUGCUGGAAUUGGGAAGUCAACCCUGGCCAGGCAGGUGAGGAGAGCCUGGGAGGAAGGCUGGCUGUUCAAGGACCGCUUCAAGCAUGUCUUCUACUUCAACUGCAGAGAGCUGGCCCAGUCAGAGACAAUGAGUCUCGCUGAGCUCAUCACAAAAGACUGGGCUGCUCUUGUUCCUCCCAUUGGGCAGAUCCUGUCUCAGCCAGAGCAGCUGCUCUUCAUUCUUGAUAACUUAGAUGAACCAAAAUGGGACUUGAAGGAGGAGAGUUCUGAGCUCUGUCUACACUGGAGCCAGCAGCAGCAGGUGCACACACUGCUGGGCAGUUUGCUGAAGAAAACCUUACUUCCCACGGCUUCCCUGCUGAUCACAGCUCGGAUCACAGCUCUGUGGAGGCUCAAAACUUCUUUAAAGCAUUCUCGCUGGGUGGAGGUCAUGGGAUUCUCCGAGUCGGCCAGGAAGGAGUAUUUCUUCCAAUAUUUCACAGAUCAGAGCCAAGCGAUUAGAGCCUUCACCUCGGUUGAAUCCAACCCAGCACUCUUGACCAUGUGUCUCAUGCCCUUGGUGUCCUGGCUGGUCUGCACUUGCCUGAAGCAGCAGAUGGAGCAGGAGCAACCACUCUCACUGACCUCCCAGACGACCACAGCCCUCUGUCUGCACUACUUUUUCCACGUUCUCCAGGCUCAGUCCCUCGGGACUAAACUGAGGGGCUUCUGCUCUCUGGCUGCUGAAGGCACCUGGCAAGGAAAGACUCUGUUCCAUCCAGAGGACUUCAGGAAACAUGAGUUAGAUGGGGCCAACAUCUCCACUCUCUUAAACAUGGGUAUCCUUCAAGAGCACCCCACCCCUCGGAGCUACAGCUUCAUUCACCUGUGCUUCCAGGAGUUCUUUGCAGCAAUGUCCUAUGCAUUAGGCAAUAGAGUGUUGAAAAGUGAUCACUUUAAUAACAUCAAAAUUAUAAAAGACUUGACAGAUGUAUAUGACAAGGAUGACCUUUUUGGGGAACCAACCACAUGUUUCCUGUUUGGCCUUUUGAGUGAUCAGGGGAUGAGAGAGAUGGAGAGCAUUUUCAAAUGCAGCCUGUCUCGGGAGCGGCAUUCCUAUCUGCUGCUGUUGACCAAGAGUAUGGCCCUUAAGAAGCAUCUGAACCUAGACCCAUAUUCUUGGCAUUUGCUGCACUGUUUUUAUGAGAUUCAGGAUGAAAACUUUAUGAAAAAUAUUUUCACUUUUAAUGAUAUGAGGAUAUGUAUCCAAACUGACAUGGAGCUCCUGCUGUUCACUUUCUUUUUUACAUUCUGCCACCACAUUAAAAGGCUUCAACUGAGUGAGAGUGGACAGCACAGACAAGCAGGAAGGACUUACAGUGUAUUUCACAGUGUAUUUCUCUGGGGCCCGUUUACAGAUUCCUGGUGGCAGACUUUCUUCUCUCUUCUCAAAGUCCCUGGAAGCCUGCAGGAGCUGGACCUGAGUGGGAACUCUCUGAGCUGCUCCGCAGUACACAGUCUUUGUGACGCCCUGAAAAGUCCUCGCUGGCACCUGGAGACCUUGAGGCUGGGCAGCUGUGGCCUCACAAAUGACUGCUGCAAGGACCUGGCCUCCAUGCUGGGUACCAGCCCCAGCCUGACAGAGCUGGACCUGCAGCAGAAUGACCUGGGUGACCUUGGCGUGAAGCUGCUCUGUGAAGGGCUGAGGCAGCCUGCCUGCAAACUCACGCACCUGAGGCUGGGCAGCUGUGGCCUCACAAAUGACUGCUGCAAGGACCUGGCCUCCAUGCUGGAUACCAGCCCCAGACUGACAGAGCUGGACCUGCGGCAGAAUGACCUGGGUGACCUUGGCGUGAAGCUGCUCUGUGAAGGGCUGAGGCAGCCUGCCUGCAAACUCACGCACCUGAGGCUGGUCAGCUGUGGCCUCACGAACAACUGCGGCAAGGACCUGGCCUCCAUGCUGGGUACAAGCCCCAGCCUGACAGAGCUGGACCUGCAGCAGAAUGACCUGGGUGACCUUGGCGUGAAGCUGCUCUGUGAAGGACUCAGGCAGCCUGCCUGCCAACUCAUGCACCUGAGGCUGGUCAGCUGUGGCCUCACGAUCGACUGCUGCAAGGACCUGGCCGCCACUCUGGGUACCAGCCCCAGACUGACAGAGCUGGACCUGCAGCAGAAUGACCUGGGUGACCUUGGCGUGAAGCUGCUCUGUGAAGGGCUGAGGCAGCCUGCCUGCCAACUUACGCACCUGAGGCUGGACUGGACUCAGCUGAGUGAGGAGGUGACAGAGAUGCUGAGGCUCCUGCAGCAGGAGAAGCCUCAGCUGGUCAUCAUCACUAGUCGGAAGCCACGUGAAACGGUCACUAAGAUUGUCCCAGGUGGAGAACAGACGAGUGAUGGCACAUCUCCACCCCAGUGGCAGACAUCAGAAUCAGAGGAGAGCUCCUGUAAAAUAUUACAAAAAUUCUACUGUCUGUCAUCUCAUGAACCUCCGGGGAAGCAACCAGUGGAAUCUCUAAGGAUGGAUGAUGACUUCUGGGGCCCCACAGGGCCUGUGGCUACAAAGAUGGUUGACAAACACAGGAGUCUGUACCGAGUUCACUUCCCUGUGUCUGGUUCCUACCAUUGUCCUAACGUGGGUCUCUACUUUGUGGUGAGAGAACCCGUGACCAUUGAGUUUGAAUUCUGUGCUUGGGACCAGUUCCUGGACCAGAUUGUUCCACAACACAGCUGGAUGGUUGCAGGGCCUCUUUUUGACAUCAAGGCCAAAUCAGGAGCUGUGGCAGCUGUAUACCUCCCUCACUUUGUAGCCCUCCAAGGGCAACAUGUGGACAUAUCUUGGUUCCAAGUGGCCCACAUUAAAGAGGAUGGGAUAUUCAUGGAGAAGCCAGACCGUGUGGAGCCACAUUACAUAGUCCUGAAGAACCCCAGCUUCUCCCCCAUAGGCAUUCUACUAAGAAUGAUCCAUACCGCCCUGUGCAUUCCUGUCAUCUCCAACGUGUUGCUCUACUAUCGCCUCCAUCCUGAGGAAGUCAACUUCCACCUCUACCUAAUCCCCAGCGACUGCACCAUUGAGAAGGCCAUAGAUGAUGAAGAAAAGAAGUUCCAGUUUUUUCGAAUACGCAAGCCGCCCCCACUGACACCACUCUACAUGGGCUCCCGAUAUACUGUGUCUGGUUCAGACAAGCUGGAAAUAAUCCCUGAGGAACUGGAGCUCUGCUAUCGAAGCCCUGGGAAACCCCAGCUCUUCUCUGAGUUCUACGUUGGUCAUUUGGGGUCGGGGAUCCGGCUGCAGAUUAAAAGCAAAGAUGAUGAGACUGUGGUAUGGGAGGCCUUGGUGAAAUCAGGAGACCUCAGACCUGCAGCUACACCUUCACCCCCAGAUGCCCCUACUUUGCUGCACUUUGUGGACCAGCAUCGGGAGGACCUGGUGACUCGAGUGACUUCGGUGAAUGCAGUCCUAGACAAGCUGUAUGGACAGGUGCUGAGCGAGGAGCAGUAUGAGAGGGUGCGGGCUGAGCGCACCAAUCCGGACAAGAUGAGGAAGCUGUUCAGCUUCAGCAAGUCCUGGGGCCGGGCCUGCAAAGAUAAGCUCUACCGAGCCCUGAAGGAGACCCAUCCUCACCUAAUUUUUGAACUCUGGGAGAAGACGCGGUGGAGGAGACUAGGGGGGCUACUGACAAGCUCGGCAGCUGAAGCCUAACACCUGCUUAUGAGUCCUGGCUCUGACUGUCCAGGCUUUGGGUCUAGGUUUCUUCAAGUCUAAACAAUUGUCGUCGCCCAGCCAGAGUGGCUCAGUUGGUUGAGUGUCAUCCUGUGCACCAAAGGGUUGUUGGUUCAAUUUCUGGUCAGAGCACAUACUUGGGUUUUGGGUUCAGAAGGCAACUGAUUGAUGUUUCUUAUGUUUCUCUCUCUCUCUCUCCUCUCCCUCCCUCCCGUUCUUCCUCCUUCUCCCUCUC